AUGGCGCGGUCGUACGACCUGAGCGAAGACGGCGGCACGCUAAGGACGCACGGCUUUGUGCUCCAGCCAGAUGGGAUCAAGUCUACCCCGACGCCGAACUAUGCCGGUUUCGACACCAGCAGCAGGAACUCGAUUUCCAGGGGGUGCAACGAAGAGAGGCUUCGCUGCUUACGGCCGGCCUCGACACACACGGCGUCGGGGUCCAUCGCCCGCACCCCGCGCAGCUACGACAGCGGCUUCGGAGCGAGCUGCAGCGGCGCCAACGCUCCCCUGCCGCCGCCGCCGCCGCCGCCGCUGACGGGCACCCCCCGACGGCCCCGCGAGAAGACCAUCCUUCUGGACGAGAUUGGGAGGGGCGGGGGCGGGACGGUGCACAAGGCCAUCCACGUGCCGUCGAUGCGCCUGGUUGCGGUUAAGAUGGUGGAGGUGCACGACGACGAGAAGCGGCACCAGAUUCUACGGGAGCUCAAGACGCUGCUGUCGAUGAAGCCGGUCCCUUUACCGUCGCCGUGCGUGGCGGCCGGCGACUCCACCUCGGCGGUCACCAGCGGUCUCGGGCAUCAUCCCGGGCUGGGCGAUUGGUGUGGUGGUGGCGGGGCUGACAGCGGCACCGGCAGCAGCUGCGGCAGCAGCUCGCAAGACGCGGACAGCCCUAUCGGCGGUUGCGGCCCGGCAGCGAAGGAAGGAGGACCGCCGCCGCCGCGGGCAGAGUGCUUCGGCGAAGGCGACCAUUCGAGUGGCUCCGAGGAGCAGGAUCGAACCCGCACGACCGCCUCCGUUUCGUCCCAGGGGGGCACCCUGUCCUCGCGCGACGGCACCCCCCCCUUUCCGUCGCAGCAGCACCAGCGCCCGCUACCGCCGCAGGCGCAGCAGCAGCCGCCGCCGCGUCGCCGCCGCCGGCGAGCGGGGGAUCACGACGGCAGCAGCAGCAACAACCCGUCCAAGAGCAAGGAUCUCACCCUCCCGGUUAUCACGUUCCACGAUGCCUACAUGGACCGGGAGAGGGGGCGGGUGUGCAUGGUGAUGGAGUACAUGAACGGGGGCACGCUCCAGCAGUUCGUGUCCGGGGGGCAGGCGCUGUCGGAGCCCGCCCUCGCCGGGGUGGCGCGCUCGGUGCUGCGAGGGUUGGCGGAGAUGCACGCCCAGCGCAAGAUCCACCGCGACAUCAAGCCAUCCAACAUCCUGCUGGACAGCCAGGGGCGGGUGAAGAUCUCGGACUUCGGCGUAGUGCGCGAGCUCAACCAGACGGGGUCGUUCGGGCAGACCUUCACCGGGACCGCGACGUACAUGAGCCCGGAGCGGAUCAAGGACAGCGGGCACGGCUGCCCGAGCGACAUUUGGAGCCUCGGGAUGGUGAUCGCGGCUCUAGCCCUCGGCCACUUCCCUCUGUCGACCGGCGCCGCCAGCACCGACCGCAUGUUCGACCUCAUCCAGGCGAUCACGGAGGACCCCAUCCCGGCCCUGUCCCCCCAGGCCUUCUCCCCGGAGCUGUGCGACUUCGUCGACCUCAUGCUCAGGCGGGACCCUGUGGAGAGGCCCACGGCACCGGAGCUGCUCAAGCACCCUUUCUUGGUCGAGAACCACGACCAGGGGUGCCACAUCCAGAGCCUCGUGGACAUGGUCAAGGUGGCCCCCGCGACCCUGCCCGAGGUCCAAAGCCUCCUGAAAAAGGUCGUCGACUACCACCUUGCCGAGGCGGUGGAAGAGAAGAGCUACAACGACAGAGAAACCUCUGCUUCCUUCUUCGGGAAGGACACGCUGUCGUGGGGAGGCUGUAGCCCCCACCAAGCCCCCUUGCCCCCGUCCCUUCGCAAGGCGGACGUCGAGGUGCUGGCGGGUCAGCUGCAGGUCACCAGGACGGAGCUAGGUGAAUCAAAAUUUCGAGAGGGGAGGGGAGGGGGGGUGCCAUGGGAGAUGUAG